AUGCCUAAUACAUUCGAUGAAGAGAAAGAAUUAAAAUAUACUCUAAGAAAUACCUUCUGGUCGAAAGAUUAUUCAACAGGAAUUUCGUCGCUACUAUUAUCAUUUAAACAUGAGAUAUCAAAGUUAGAAAAUGAACGGAAAUCAUAUGUUCAGUUCACAGAUAAUUGCUGGCUACCAUUAUUGGAAAACUUGUCAUUAUUAAAUAAAACUAAUUUUUCUUCUAAAAACACUGCCACACUUAUGUAUGAAAGAUUCAAUCAAGUAAAAGUUAGUGAUUUGGAACUGCAUUGCAUCGAGCCUUUAGCCGCUUCAAUUACGGAAUGUAGGCAAUUAUUAACUCAGGCAGAAAAGUCUUUUGAUAUUGUAUUCAGUUCCUAUUCAAAGGAAUUGAAUGAUACACAUAACUUUUUACUAGAUUGCAAUAAAAUUGUGGAUUCCUUAAAAACAGAACUAUCAAAUGAGAAAAUGGAUACCAAUGCUAAUACCCCUAAUCAUAGCAUUCAAAUGUUAGAGAAGUCAACUGCUGAAAUAACUGAUGAUGAUACUACCACAAACAAUUCAUCUGAAGAAGUCACCCAGUUAACUUCUAAAAAUAUUAUAGAAACGACACUGCUAGAUAGUAUUGAUUACCCGUUAGAGCUAGACGAGAAAUUGAAAUUUAACUCAAAAUCUGAGUUAUUGACGUUUAUCAAUGGAUUAAAAAACAAAACAAAGUUAGAGAAAAGUAUUUUCCCCAUACCUGGUUUACCGAAUGAAAGUUUUAAAGGUUCAUCUUUAAUUGAUGGUAUUAAAAAGGCUAAUAUAGACAUAGAUUCUUCGUUGUUUAAUUUAGAAAGAAUAGGCCAGAAGGUUCUUGAUCUUCAUUUAAUUGAGCAGUAUAGCAUGGUUAAAAAGUUUGGUUACAGUUAUUCGAAUGCCAGCUUGUUAAAAGAUAAUAUGUUUAAACAAGAUAUAUACUAUUAUUGGAAUUCGGAUAUCGAAACCAAAAAAGUUGAUAUAAUUCAAAAUUCUGCCAAUGUUAGCACUUUAAAUAAGACUAAAAUUGAUAAGUCAUCCUCCUAUAAUAUUUUAAGAAACACCCAAUCUAAUGAUAAAAUAUCUACUCCAAUAAGAGAACUAUCGACAAGUUCUACAAUCGCAAGUUGGAUCAGAAAGGUUAGUGCGACAGAAGUGGAUAUUGAUUCAUUAAAAAACCAAUUAAUUAUAAGUGAAAAUAAUUUCUACGAAAAAUGUUGCAGAUUAGAAUAUGCUACUAUUCAGUUAGAGAAAUCUAUCUUUGAACAAUCUAAGAGAUUAUCCCAGAUCCAAUUGAAGAACAGCAAACUAAUAUACACCGUAGAGGUUUUUUUCAACAAGAUAUGUAGAGCAUUAAAUUUCGCUGAAUUUAAAAUCGAAGCUUCAAAUAAAACAUUUGUUAGCGAUUCAAAUACAUUCUAUCAUGAUCGCAAAUAUGAUUCUUCAGGGUUUUUCUGUAGAGAUAAUUCAAUUAAUUUUCGAAAGUGGAUGAUUCUAAGUGUUGGCAAUUCAGAAUCUCUUGUAAAAGAGGAUAGAAAACUAGUGACGCAAAAAUGUCUAUUUGGAAUAUCACAAAUAAACAGUGAUGUUACCAGAUCCAUUAGUUAUAUACUUGAUUUAUUAGAGAUAAAUGGGAAGGAGUCCAGCAAAUCAAAUACUUCUCCAUUAUUUUUUUCCUGGAAUAAUACAUUAGACAUUGUCAGGGUUUCAAACUUAAAAAGAGAAAUAUUGCACUGCUUUAAAUCAGGUACAGGUAAUAAUUUUGACACUUUAGAAAUGUAUAUCCAGCAAAAAGGAAAUUUCAUCAUUAAUGAUUGGAUCGGUUUAUUAAAGUUAUGGCUACUAGAAUUGAAAAACAGUCUACUCCCAUCUGAUAUGUAUGAAGAAAUAGGGUUUAUUUUGAAGCAUGAUAAGGAUCCUGUCUAUUUGAGGAAAGUACUAACAAAAAUACCAAUUAAUAAUUUGAAAUUGUUACUACGGUUUUCACAGCAUUUUAAGUUAGUUGAGGAAUCUGCAUCACAAAAUAUAAUGGAUGACUCUUCAAAAAAUUUGAUUAAGCAAUUAUUUAUAACCGACAAUCAGGAUAUUCCUCUAUACCAUAUGUUCAUCCGCCGACCAGGAACACCCAAACCACUAGAUAUUUUCACUUAUUCAUACAUAGUAUAUUUUAUUUUGGGGAAUAUGGAGUCCACCAAAGUUAUGCAAUCUAUUCAAGCCACUAAAGAAAACACCAACAAACUACACAUGGAAAAUAUAGCUGUGAUACCGUUAGUUACAAUUGCCAAUAGUAAUACUGAAGCUUUUAAUGAUGGUAAAAGAAAUAUGGUUUCAAACAGUCAUUUAAAAGAACCAGCGACCCCCAAAAAAUCCACUAGAAUCCAUUCCAGAAAAAGCCCUGAUCUGCUGGAACAAGCUUUUGUACCAAGGUCAUUUAAAAUGUCCACAACACCAGAGCCUACACCAAAUAAAACCAAAAGGCUGAGUACAUUUAGUUUACUGCCUGUAGAGGGACACAGUAAGGCUCCAACCCACAUUCCAAUAUACAGAAACAUCGGUGAAACCUACUGCCAAUACUACUGA